ACUGUUUUAUUUUCCCUCCCCAAAAACAUGACACACCAUCUGCUAUCGCUGGUUAAUAUCUUCCGCUGUCGUCGAAACCCCAACACACACAGUGACGACGACAGAUCGCAAGCUCGAUCACUCUUUGCUCUCUCACCCAAGAGCUAAACGCUUUGAUUGUUGUUGCCCAUCUCUUCAAUUUUUCGAUUGAUUCGAAGCUGCCCGCCAAAGAGUGGGAGAAAAACAGAGGAAGAUAUCGAUUUCGGAGGUGUGAUUUUUGUAGGCUUUUGCUUGAAAUUGCGUGAAGGUUGAGUUUUGAUCGGUUUAUCGAAUUGGUGGGAACAUUUGGUGGAUGCCCAAGUGAGCAAACCGAGCUGAUAUGCUUGGAGGGCUUUUUGGUGGUUUUUUGAUCGAAUCUGGGACAUGGGUCGGUGCGGAUUCGUAAUUUCGUGGUGAAUUGUGGAGGAAAUUAGUCAAAGAUGCGGCGGCGGGCGGCCGAGUAUCGGCGCCCGGUUCGACGGAGGUUUUCGUAUUGGAUCUGGGCGCUUUUUGGACUCUUCUCUGUUGCAAGCCUGGUUUUGUUAGUUGUGAACCACAACCAGCAUGAAGAUCGGGUCGAGCAGCCGGUGCUGGAGAGAAAUACGAGACUUGAGCAGGUUGCUCAUGAGAGUUUAAAUUUUACUGAAGAAAUAUUGAGUGCUAGAUCGUUUUCCAGGCAGCUGGCUGAGCAAAUGACACUUGCCAAAGCUUAUGUUAUUAUUGCCAAAGAGCACAAUAACCUUCAUCUUGCUUGGGAGCUUAGUUCAAAGAUCCGGAGUUGCCAGCUUUUACUGUCAACAGCUGCCAUGAGGGGGGAGCCUGUGACAUUAGAGGAAGCGGAGCCAAUAAUUAAAAGCCUAUCAUAUCUUAUAUUAAGAGCCGAAGAUGCACAUUAUGACAUAACCACAAUAAUGACAAUGAAAUCUCAUAUCCAAGCCCUUGAAGAGCGUGCAAAUGCUGCAGCAGUUCAAAGCAUGGUAUUCGGGCAACUAGCUGCUGAAGCAUUACCCAAAAACCUCCAUUGCCUAAAUGUUAAGCUCACAGCUGAUUGGCUUAAAAAGCCAUCUCUGCAACAACUUGCAGAUGAGAAGAGGAAUUCCCCCAGACUCAUGGACAACAAUAUCUACCAUUUCUGCAUAUUUUCAGACAAUGUGGUUGCCACUUCUGUGGUUGUUAACUCCACCGUGUUAAAUGCUGACCAUCCAAAACAGCUGGUCUUCCACAUUGUCACAAAUGGGAUCAACUAUGGCACAAUGCAGGCGUGGUUCCAAAGUAAUGAUUUCAAAGGGUCCACAAUUGAAGUGCAGAAUGUUGACGAAUUUUCUUGGUUUAAUGCUUCUUAUGCUCCUAUCGUGAAACAGCUCCUUGAUGCAGAUUCGCGAGAUUUUGGUGGAUAUCAAGAUAUGGAUGUUGUGCCAAAGCUGCGGAGCCCUAAGUAUCAAUCUUUGCUCAAUCACCUUCGAUUCUACAUUCCAGAGAUCUAUCCACAGCUGGAGAAGGUUGUUUUUCUUGAUGAUGACGUUGUUGUCCAGAAGGAUCUGACCCCACUUUUCUCAUUGGAUUUGCAUGGACAUGUGAAUGGAGCAGUGGAAACUUGUCUUGAAGCAUUUCAUCGUUAUUACAAGUAUCUCAAUUUCUCAAACCCAAUCAUCAGCGCCAAGUUUGAUCCACAGGCAUGUGGAUGGGCCUUCGGUAUGAAUGUCUUUGAUUUAAUUGCUUGGAAGAAAGCAAAUGUAACUGCACGGUAUCAUUACUGGCAGGAGCAGAAUGCUGAUGGGACACUUUGGAGGCUGGGCACUCUUCCGCCCGGCCUUCUAACAUUUUACGGUCUGACAGAGCCGCUUGACAGGAGAUGGCAUGUAUUAGGACUGGGGUAUGAUCUGAACAUUGACAACCGAUUGAUUGAGAGUGCAGCGGUGGUUCACUUUAACGGGUACAUGAAGCCGUGGCUGAAGUUGGCCAUCGGCAGGUAUAAGCCUCUCUGGGAGCGGUAUGUUAAUCAAAGCCACCCAUUUCUGCAAGCUUGUGUCACAAGCUAGAAUGUGCUGCUUCUCGAUUGCUCGUAAUUCAUGCGAUCUUCACGACUUUUAAACUCUUGGCGGUGCCGGAAAAUAUGAUCGCCGUUAUUGUAAAGUCAGAAGUAGAAAAUUUUGAAUUUUGCUAGACAGUUUUCCUUUUGCAUCAUAGUUUUCUGAAAGAAAAAGAGCAUUGUUUUCAUACAAUUACAAAGUUUAAAUUGAUUUUUGCCUGAUGGGGUUUUCUUUUUCCCCCCUCUGCAAACUGUAGAAUUGUGGAGUUGUUUUUAUUUUUUUUAAUCUUUUCCUUCUACGAUGGCCUGAGAAAGGAAGAAAUGAAAUUUUCUGUUAAAUAUUGUUAA